UUUUUUGUUUUGCUACGAUGCCGACGCAGACGCAAAGGGUGGCUGUGGUCGCCCCAAACCUGCGGGAAGAAGAGUCCCUGUUGCAAGCGUUUGAUGCAUUGGAGCACCUGGAAAAUGUGGUGAACAACGUCUUCAACCACAUCUCCGAAGCGAUUGAUUCCAACAAGAAGGACCUGGUGGAUGUGAACAACCGCAUUAACCUGGCACGAGCCAAAGUCCAGAAGAUGGUCGGCAGCUCCAUGGCCACCACUGUCUACGCCAGUGCCAAGUAUCCUGGGCCAGCCAAACUGGAGCCCUUGCCGCCGCUGUUUGAUGGAGAAGAGCCCGAGCCGCCCUUCAAACCCAACACAGUCACAUCGCGACACCCCCGCGUCGAUCGUGAAUUCAUGGACAACAACUCCGUCAUCUUCAGCAUGAAGAACAACACUGUCGUGCGCAAGAGGGACCAGGCCAUCACCGCAGACGAGGAAGAGCUCGAGGGCCUCGGCAGCUUGCCCAAGAACCUGACGUCUGUCUCCAGUCUGCUGCUCUUCAACACAACAGAGAACCCGUACAAGAAAUACGUCACUGUUGACCCCCUCCACGGCGCAGUCACCAAGACACGCGCGGACGUUGAGCAACAGAAGCUGCUUGCUGCUGCCCCCGAGACGCUGCUCAAGGGCGAGCGGUAUGAGGCCAUUGAGGGCGAGUCGUAUCGCUAUCUGCCGAAUCUUGGCGCCGUGCCCGAGAUUGAGGCGCCCUCCGUCCUCCCAGACCUCGCAGGCGUUGCUGACUUACGGUUUUCGGAGGAGCUGAACGACACAAACAUUGCCCCAUCCAGACUCAUGAACGUGCCAACGACAGCGGAUAUGGAUACCGCAGCCCCAGCAGAGGCAACAGCGGAGGGUGCGUCGGCGCCGCCACCGCCUGCAGACUCAACAGCACCGCCGCCACCACCACCGUCCACAUCAGCACCACCACCUCCUCCUCCACCCGACUCUGGCGCGCCACCACCACCGCCGCCACCACCACCAUCCGAUGCACCGGUACCACCGCCACCACCACCAGCAACAGAGGCGCCCCUCCCACCCCAAGGCGCGGGUGCUGCAGAGGAGUCGGAAGAGGAUGAAGAGCCGGCAGAAACAGGGGGCGGCGGGCGGUCUGAUUUGCUCGCAGCCAUCCGCGGCAGCAGCAUCAAGAACCUCAAGUCCAUUAAGAAGCAGCGCAAGCAGAAGAAGAAGGCCGAGGCCAAGCCUGCUUCUCGCGGCAUGGACCAUAUGGACAUGCUCAAGAACGCCCUCGCUCGGCGGCGCUCUGCGCUGCAUGGAGAUGCGCCCGGGAAGAAGAAAUCAAAGAAGAAGAAAGCAAAGAAGCGCAAAGAGUCAUCAGAUGAGGACGAGAGUGAUGACGACGACGAUGACAUCCCCGCCCCAUCAAGGAGCCUUCCAACGGGCGAUCCGCUCAGUGCUCUGGCCUCCACCGUUCCCAUUAUCGAGGCUGACAGUGGCAGCGAUGAUGGCGGCGGCGAGUGGGACGACGAUGAAGACGAUGACUACUGAGCCGAUGCUGUUGCCGAUGCGAUUGUUACUUGCUUACUUGCUUGCUUGCUUCGUGCUCGCUCUUGCACUUUGUUUGUGUUGCCCAAAACUGAAAACACCCCAACCCUCUA